AUGCAGGAUAAAGACGGACAGUCGACGGCUCCCGUGGGCCCGCUGUCUUCUUCUUCCUCUUCUUCUCCUCCUUCUUCUUCCAUCGCCGUCGUGGCCGUCCCAUGAUGCACAGGAACCACCACCACCACCCUCCUCCUCUCCCUUCCUUUCCGAACCUCCUCGCUCUUCUGGAGGAUUAGCCUUACGCUCUUAGUACAGCUCCUUGAUCUUCGCUGCAACAAUGGGAGGAAGCUGCUCCAAGUUCCCCAUCUGCUGGUGGCAUCCGACCUUCCGGUCGUCCGCCGUCGAGAAUUCGGACGCCGAUAAUGGAGGGAAGAAUGGGGUCGGGAAGCUACCUUCUUUCAAGGAGUACUCGCUGGAGGUGCUCGGUGUUGCGACCUCGGGAUUCUCUGUUGAGAACAUAGUGUCGGAGCAUGGGGAGAAGGCGCCCAACGUCGUGUAUAAGGGGAAGCUCGCCGAUGGCCGGAGGAUUGCCGUCAAGCGGUUUAAUCGCGUGGCUUGGCCGGACCCUAAGCAAUUUCUGAGUGAAGCGAGGGCUGUUGGACAGCUCCGGAAUGAGAGAUUGGUCAACCUUAUUGGCUGUUGCUGUGAAGGUGACGAGAGAUUGCUUGUUGCAGAGUACAUGCCAAAUGAUACACUUUCUAAGCACCUUUUCCACUGGGAGGCGCAACCAAUGAAAUGGGCUAUGAGGCUGAGAGUUGCUCUACAUUUAGCACAAGCCUUGGAGUACUGCAGCAGUAAAGGUCGUGCAUUGUAUCAUGACCUAAAUGCUUAUAGAAUCUUGUUUGAUCAAGAUGGUAAUCCAAGGCUUUCAUGCUUUGGACUCAUGAAGAACAGCAGAGAUGGGAAAAGUUAUAGUACAAACUUAGCCUUCACUCCUCCAGAAUACUUGAGAACUGGAAGGAUAACACCAGAGAGUGUUGUCUACAGCUUUGGCACUCUCUUGCUGGACCUCCUUAGUGGAAAACAUAUUCCACCUAGUCAUGCCCUUGACUUAAUACGUGCUAAGAAUUUCCUGAUGCUUAUGGAUUCUGGCUUAGAAGGUCACUUCUCAACUGAUGAUGGAACUGAUUUGGUCCGAUUAGCCUCUCGCUGUUUGCAGUUUGAAUCUAGAGAGAGGCCGAAUAUUAAAUCACUAGUGGCUGCUUUGGCGUCCCUUCAAAAGGAAACAGAGGUACCAUCACACGUUUUGAUGGGCAUUUCACAAGAAGAAGAGGCCCCCUUGAAGUCCUUAUCUUUGUCUCCAUUUGGUGAAGCUUGUUCCAGAUUAGAUCUAUCUGUCAUGCAUGAAAUCUUGGACAAGGUUGGGUACAAGGAUGACGAGGGGGUAAGCAAUGAGCUUUCUUUCCAAAUGUGGACCAGCCAAAUUCAGGACACCUUGAAUUGCAAGAAACUUGGAGACAGUGCUUUCCGAAACAAAGAUUUCACAAAUGCAAUUGAUUACUAUACUCAGUUCAUUGACUUUGGAACGAUGGUGUCCCCAACCAUCUAUGCACGCCGAUGCUUGUCGUAUCUCAUGAGUAAUAUGCCACAAGAAGCUCUUGGUGAUGCAAUGCAAGCUUUGGUUGUGGCUCCGGAGUGGCCAACAGCCUUCUAUCUUCAGGCAGCUUCUCUUUUGAGUCUCGGCAUGGAAUCUGAUGCUCAAGAAUCAAUCAAGGAAGGUUUUACAUUGGAGCAAAGCAGAAACAAUGACUAAACUGUAUAGGCUUUACUUUUGCCCCUUUUUGUGAUGUAUUUAUCCUUAUUUUUCUCCUUUGGGUUUUCCAAAAAUUGAGUUUGUGUUGCUACUGUUGUUUCCAAAAUGUAAACUAAAGGUGUGAUUCUUAUAUCAAAGAGCUGCCAAAGAAAAAGGUUCUCAACAUAACUCAG